AUCACGCUAGAAUGCCUCCCUUUGGAUUUAUGAGUUAAGAGUGCUCAAGGGUUUAGUGUCCUGACAUUUCUUUAAUUAGCAGUCUGCUGGAUCUUUCACUAAGAAGAUGCUAAGCCAGUGGACUGCUGUCAUACCUCAAGGGUUUUAGAAGGUUGGAAAGACACAAAGCAAGUCCUACACGUCUAUGCCUUCAAGAGAUACAGAAUGUACAACUUACCAUUUUCCCAUUAGAAGUAAAGCAAUUGACCUUUUUCUCAUUAGAAGCAAAGGAAGACUUUUGCUGCGACUUCAACAGUGAUGCAAGCAUAAAAAGCAAAGUGGAAGGAAAACUACCGAGGAGGAGCCAAGAAAAAUGGGUGGAAUAAGUAAGGACGACGUUGAGAAAUAUCUGGAGAACAACCCACAAUUUGCCAAGGAAUAUUAUGACCGAAAAUUGCGACUGGAAGCAGUGGGAAGCGUCUUUAAAGUCAACCCUGGGGAUGUGAAAGAUGGAAUCUCAUUCAAGGAGAUGACUAAGCUGGAGGAAAGUCAAAUGCUUUUUGAGUUGUUGUUGCAAAUCCAGGAACAGGAUAUGGAGCAGGAUAUGGAAAAGAUAGUGCAUAAAGUGCUACAAAGGCUAUGCCAGUUGCUGGCAGCUGACCGGUGCAGCAUGUUUGUCGGCCGUUCCCGCAAUGGUAUCCCAGAGAUGGCUGCCAGGCUCUUAGAUGUCACUCCUACCUCCAAAUAUGAGGACAACCUGAUACCUCCUGAAAAAGAAAUUGUUUUUACUCUGGACAUAGGGAUAGUGGGCUGGGUUGCUCAUACAAAGAAACUAUUUAAUAUACCAGAUGUAAAAAAGAACAAUCAUUUCUCUGACUCUGUGGAUAAACAAACUGGUUAUACAACUAUAAAUAUGCUGGCAACUCCAAUAAUUCAUAACAAAGAAGUUCUUGCUGUGAUAAUGGUCCUUAACAAGAAAACUGAGCCUGAGUUCUCUAAAGAGGAUGAAGAAGUCUUUAAGAAAUACAUUAAUUUUAUUACGAUCGCUAUAAAACACAACCACAUUUCAAACAUGUACAAUUUGGAAAUGAGAAAAAGUCAGAUGCUAUUGUGGUGUGGCAACAAAGUGUUUGAAGAACUUACAGAUAUUGAACGACAGUUUCAUAAAGCAUUGUACACUAUCAGAAUUUACUUAAACUGUGAAAGAUAUUCUGUUGGCCUGCUAGAUAUGACCAAAGAAAAGGAAUUCUAUGAUGAGUGGCCAAUUAAGCUGGGUGAAGCAGAACCAUACAAAGGACCCAAAACACCCGAUGGCCGGGAAGUCAACUUUUAUAAAAUAAUUGAUUACAUUUUACAUGGGAAAGAAGAAAUCAAAGUUAUUCCGUCACCUCCUGCAGACCACUGGUGUCUUGCUAGUGGGUUGCCAACGUAUGUUGCUGAAAAUGGCUUUAUCUGCAAUAUGAUGAAUGCACCCUCAGAUGAAUACUUCAAUUUUCAGAAAGAAGCUUUUGAUGAAACGGGCUGGAUAGUUAAAAAUGUCUUGUCUUUACCUAUUGUCAACAAAAAAGAAGAAAUUGUGGGUGUAGCUACAUUUUACAACAGAAAAGAUGGCCGACCCUUUGAUGAAUAUGAUGAACAGAUUACUGAAAUGCUUACGCAGUUCCUUGGAUGGUCUGUUUUAAAUACUGACACCUACGACAAAAUGAAUAAGCUUGAAAAUAGAAAAGACAUUGCUCAGGAAAUGCUCAUGUACCAAACCAAGGCAACACCCGAAGAAAUACAGAGCAUAUUGAAAUGGAAAGAAAAAUUAAAAGUAGACAGUAUUGAAGACUGUGAUGAAAAACAACUUCUCAAAAUUUUGAAAGAGGAACUGCCUGAUCCAAGCAAUGUAGAACUAUAUGAAUUUCGCUUUAGUGACUUUCCCGUCACAGAACAUGAACUGAUCAAGUGUGGAAUACGACUCUUCUUUGAAAUAAAUGUUGUGGAAAAGUUUAAAGUACCAGCAGAGGUCCUUACAAGGUGGAUGUACACAGUAAGAAAAGGGUAUCGCGAUAUCACUUAUCACAACUGGCGGCAUGGUUUCAAUGUUGGGCAGACCAUGUUUACUCUUUUGAUGACAGGUAAAAUAAAGAAAUAUUAUACUGACUUAGAAGCCUUCGCUAUGGUAUCUGCUGCUUUCUGCCACGAUAUCGAUCACAGAGGAACCAAUAACUUGUAUCAAAUGAAAUCUGCAGCUCCAUUGGCGAGACUUCAUGGCUCUUCUAUUUUAGAAAGACACCAUCUAGAGUACAGUAAAACAUUGCUACAAGAUGAGAGUUUAAACAUCUUCCAGAAUCUAAAUAAACGACAAUUUGAAACUGUGUUACAUUUAUUUGAAGUUGCAAUCAUAGCAACUGAUUUGGCUUUAUACUUCAAGAAAAGGACCAUGUUUCAAAAGAUUGUGGAUGCAAUUGAAAAAAUGGAAAAAGAAGAGGAAGCAAUUAGAUAUAUAUCUACAGACCCAACCAAAAAAGAAGUAAUCAUGGCUAUGAUGAUGACUGGCUGUGACUUGUCCGCAAUCACUAAACCUUGGGAGGUACAAAGUAAGGUUGCCAUAAUGGUAGCAAAUGAAUUCUGGGAGCAAGGUGACCUUGAACGAAAUGUCCUACAGCAGCAACCAAUUCCUAUGAUGGACAGGAACAAAAGUGAGGAAUUGCCCAAGCUUCAAGUUGGUUUCAUUGAUUUUGUGUGUACUUUUGUGUACAAGGAAUUUUCAAGAUUCCACAAAGAAAUCACACCAAUGUUUGAUGGUCUUAAUAACAAUCGAGUAGAAUGGAAGUCACGAGCCGAUAUCUAUGAGGAAAAGAUGAAAGCCAUUGAAGAAGAGAAGAAAAAGCAGGAGGAAGCUGAAGCUAAAAAAGAUGGAGGUGGAGGAGGAGGUGGAGGAGGAGGUGGCGGCGAAGAUGGCAAAUCAAAAACAUGUACAAUUUUAUAAUUAACUUCAGUGGCACUAAAACAACACCAACAUCAAGGACUACAUAUCUGCUACAUUUGAAGAAAUGUAAGAAGAUCUUCAGUGAGCCCAAGGAUUUGUAUACAGCAGAAAGUAGCAUAGACAAUUCAAUCCUUGGACACCUGCCAUUACUAACGGAAUUAAAUGUGGUAGCAUCCACUGAAAAUUCAGAAACCAUGAAGAAUGGAUGGAAUAGAUUCCUUAUCGAAGAGGAUUAUGGAUUCAUUUGGGUAUUGGUUGUAUACAUUCUCAAUGUAUACAGCUUUUAAAAAGUAAUAUUAAUAAUACAGCAAUGUAUUUUAUUUAAAGCUGCAGCCUGUCAGGAAAGUAUGGUUUUUACUCUACUUCCAGUUCAUUUCAUACCGUAAAUUCUAUGUUGCACAGUUUGUAACCCCUGUAAUUCAUAAUGCAUAGCAACAGGUUUUAUAUUAUAUUUAAAUCUUCCAUCUGGAACAAUUUAUAUUCUUCCCCCAUAUUAUCACUAAUAAAUUGUACGCUAUGUCCUUUUAGAACCUGUAAAUUAUAGUAUCAGAUUUGUGCCUAAAACCAGGCCUGUGGAGCACGCACAUGAGACCCUGUAGCAUUGUAAAAAAGAGAGAAAGAAAUGAGAAAUACUUUGAAACUGUAAAAUAAUACCAAAAAACAAUUUUUAAGGUUGAAGUUUCUACCACAAUACAAAGAUGAGGCAUUUUCAGGACAGGCUGAGUUGACAACUCUAGGCUCUACAGACCAUCUUCAUGUGGAGUCUUUCAAAACCAUAGGAUGGCUAGAGGCUCUUUCCAUGAUCUGAGGAAAGAAUAGUACAGACUCCAAACAAUCCAAAGUGACCAAUUGAUAGUGUGGGACAUACUAAAGCAUGAUACUUCAUGCCAUUGACAUUCAUUGUGCACAAAAAUGAAGGCAUGCAUAUUCCAAGAUACCAUCAAGACACCCAGAAUCAUGUAUCUCUAGAAUGACUUGCUUGACAUGGGAAAGAAGACCCCACUGGGCAUUCUGCACCCAUGCAAGGAAUAACUCAGGUGUCUAUAAACAUAUAAGGAAUUAAAGGCAUAUAUUAUGAGCUUUGAUGAGCUUUGCACCAUCACAUGCCUCUAAGGGAAUGAGAAUUGAAUGGGGCAGGGUUGGAAUGGGGCUGUGUAUCCUGCAAUAAUCUAUAGGCCACCCCCAAACCAAACAUUCAUUACUCUAGAAAAAUGCUUAGAAGGUGGUAUAAAACUGUGUCCAGUUCUGUGCUUUGACAAGGCAAUGUCGAGUAUAACAUCACCAUGCCAAUAAUAAUGCAGAGCUUUUCAAAUCGUGUGACACAUUAGCAUGUAGGUGUGUCAUGCAAACCUAAUGAGUAACCUGAAUCUAUGUGAAACAAGCAAUAAAUCAUAUAUUUUUAAAUUAUAUAGAUGAAAAGUUUUCAUAUGUUGUGUCCCCAUACAUCUCAUUUUUACAGUAUACGUAUGUGUUCAAAUCUCUUAUAAGAGGUUGGUUUAACCUCUGGUUUGCUAGUAAAACUGAAUUACUGUGUCACAAAAUGAUGCGUGUCUUAAAAGUAUGUCACCAACAUGAAAUGUUUGGAAAGCUCUGAAUUAAUGGAUAUAGUAGACAGAAUUUACAACAUGCACCUUCUGAUCAAACACCCACUCCUUUCUGAUGGCAGAAUAACACGAUCAUUGUGUUAAGCAUAAGACAUUGUGAGCAAUUUGUUGGUCUGAUCAAUACUGGGGGUUCUUUAUUUCUUUCUACCAAUGCAGGCUAUUACUGAUAUGAGGGCAUUAUAUUCAAUUGGUUCAAUUGGCCCAAAGUAUUCACCAACACGGCAUAUUAGUAGCACUAAAAUACCAAUACUACAGCAACUUCCUAUGACAUAGAUGCAACGGAAGCAAAGCUGUGGUGUCACAGCACAAGGAUCUUGUUUAGAUUGUCAACACAAGUUUAUACACAUGGAAGGUUGCUGAGAAAAAAGAUCCUCACCAUUCUGAGUGAAAGGAGGGGGGGAACCUAUUCCCGACCCCCAACCUAAUCUGAAACACACUGACUAGGAACAAGAAAUUCUUGCACUUCCAAAAAUGUUUAACAGAAACAAAGCUAAAAGUUCCUAACAGGUAUUUAUUUAUUUAUUGUGUCAGAAGCAAACUGAGGAUAUAGUUAUAAUGUAUUUAAAAACACAAACAAAAUUAAAAACUUGGCAUUAUACUAGAAGCUGACCACAUGGAGUGCCUCUAGUGUCACUGUAAGAAGCUCCUCCAUUGUGUAUGUGGCAGGGCUCAGGUUGCAUUGUAGUAAGUGGUCUGUGGUUUGCUCUUCUCCACAUUUGCAUGUCAUGGACUCCACUUUGUAGCCCCAUUUCCUAAGAUUGGCUCUGCAUCUCAUGGUGCCAGAGUGCAGUCUGUUCAGCGCCUUCCAAGUCGCCCAGUCUUCUCUGUACCCAGGGGAGUGUUUCUCAUCCGGUAUCUGCCACAGAUUGAGGUUCCGGGUUUUAUCCUGCCACUUUUGGACACCUUGCUGAGGUAUUCCUGAGUGUCUCUGUAGAUCUUAGGAAGCUAUCUCUUGAUUUAAGAUGUUGGCAUGCUGGCUGAUAUCCAAACAGAGGAUGGGCCGAUGUCAAUGCCUUGGUCCUUUCAUUACAGGCUGCUACUUCCCGACAGAUGUCAGAUGGUGCAAUAAUUUCUCCAGCAGUGUAGGCCGUAGACAUCCUGUGAUAAUGCAACAUGUCUCAUUAAGGGCCAUAUCGAGUUUUACAAGGUGAGAUAUAUUCUACACUGGCCAUGCGUAUUCAGCAGCAGAGCAGCAAAUGGCAAGGGCAGAUGUCUACACUAUGUCUAGUUGUGAUCCCCAGGUUGUGCCAGACAGCUUUUGUAUGAUAUUAUUUCUAGCACCCACUUUUUGCUUGAUAUUCAAGCAGUGCUUCUUAUAAGUCACAGCAUGGUGCAGAGUAACUCCUAACAGGUGAGCUCCAGGCAAACACAUAGAGCAGUGGUCCUAAAACCUUUUAAGCAGAGUCAGUUCACGGUCCGUCAAAUUGUUGGGGGAGCGGACUAUAGUCUGAAAAAAUUAAUUCCUAUUCACACUGCACAUAUUUGUAGUGCAAAAAAACCAAACAUGAAAUAAUACAGUAUUUAAAACGAAUAACAAUUUUAACCACCAUAAACAUACCAGUAUUUCAAUGGAAAGUGUAGCCCUGCUUUUGGCUGAUAAGAUAAUCAAGUUAAUUAGGAUUGUUGCUGUUGUGUGCCUUCAAGUCAUUUCAGACAUAGGACGACCCUAAGUCCAAAGUUUAGGACAGGGCUGGGUAAAUGGACUUGGAGGACUGCAUUCGGCCUGUGGGCCUUAGUUUGCGGAACCCUGACAUAGAGGGGGUUGGUGUGUAUGGCUAAGAAACUACAAAAACUUUAUUGAAACAAAACUCUCCGAUUUCAAUAAUUUUAUGGAAUUAAAAUCUUCUGAUUUCAAUAAUGGAUGUGUUUAAAAUUUAAACUCGGAUGUAAAGAGUGGUAGCUUUUUGUUUGGAAUCCUGCUCCUACAUAUUUGCUAGUGCGGCCAUGACAUUUGAGCAUGUAUGAAGGAAAUAAUACCAGACAAUGUUUUCUCCAGUGAUUACUGCUGAUUAGAUUCGUCAUCCAAUCUGUAUUAGUGGGCCUUUUUAGAGUUUAAGACUCCAAGGCCAAGGAAAGCUAUUUUAUCAAGAGAUAUCUGCUGAGAAUUAAAUAUUGGAUAUAAAACAAGAAUGCAACAAUUUUCCAGAAUGCAUGAAGCUCAAAUAUUUUAAUAUAAAUGCUUUGUAAAGCAAUCCUAUAUUCAAUUACCCAGGAGGAAGCUCCAGUGAGCUCAGUGGGACAUGCAUCUGAGUAGAUAUGUCAACCAUCGGCCUGUACGUCUCUCAUUUUUUUAUAGCUCCAAUUAACUGCACAUAUUUUUAUAGUGGAGAUGUGAAUAGAUGUGUAUCUACUCCCAAGCAUUAACAAAGUGAUCACAAUACUUGUAAGAAAAUCCAGAGAUAUACAAAGUAUAGCUAAUGCACAAGAGUAUCCAAAUCACAUAGCAUGCAAUUCAAUUUUUAUAUUUUAUCCAUGAUUGCUGGCCAAAUAUUUUAUGCAGACCUUUAAAAUGCCAUAAAAGAUAUAUUCUGUACUAAAUGUCAGGAAAGGAGGGAAAUAACUAAUUGUGCUGUUAAUUAUAUUACUUUGUAUUAAACAAAAAUGAGCAUAUUAA